GUGCUAUUCUCCCUCAGCGCGGCGCCAGUCAUGGCGGGCGCUGCCGCCGAGCGCCUGCAGCUCGUCUACGUGCUUCUUGCGCUUCUCUGCGCCGGGCUGCUCUUCAACUUCUACCUGACGGCGCGCUUGCUUUCGUCGUCUCCGCCCGAAGUUCGAGAGGGAUUGGAAGAGAUCGAACGGCCGGAUGCCGGAAAGGGAGAAGAAUCGUUCCCCGGUCCUCCGGCGGCCGAAGAGCACCACCGGGAGAAGCGGCAAUAUCCGGAGGACACAGGUGUGCCGAGUGUCGAGUUUUUCCCGCAACCGCAGCCGACGCAUGAGACGGAUGGAUAUGUUUGGCUCACCUCCUACUCCAGGAUCCCGUUGGAGGUUUUGCAAGAAUUCUGUUUCUCUGCUAAACAACACUGUCCGCGUGGAGAUCCUGGACCUCCUGGGAAUCCAGGCAUACCUGGUUUCAAAGGAGAGAAAGGUGAAAGAGGAGAUAGAGGCUUACCUGGAGAAGGGGGACCCCGAGGCAUGCAAGGACAUCCGGGUAUUCCGGGACCCAUCGGCCCGAAAGGAGAGUACGGCAAGCCAGGAAUUCCAGGAUUAGAUGGCCGUGAUGGAAUACCCGGUGAACCAGGCUUGGAUGGCGUUCCUGGACGCGAUGGCAUCGAUGGUAUACCCGGAAGAGAUGGCAUUCCUGGUAUUCCAGGUACCCCAGGGAGAUCAGGCAUUAAUGGCACAAAUGGAAUUCCUGGUUCCCCUGGUCCCCGAGGUCCACCAGGUCCUCCUGGGCCUCAAGGUCUCCCAGGCCCAAGAGGAAGAAAAGGAGUACCAGGAAAAAGUGGAACGCCAGGUGUUCCUGGCAUUAAAGCUUGGACAGUAAAUGGAACAAUAAAUGGAACUCACUACAAUAUUCUGAUACCUCCUUCCAUGAUCGACGUGGAUUCACAAACGUCUCUAAUAGUCGAUGAAGGUCACAGGGUCAAAUUGGAAUGUUCAGCUACCGGAGAACCUCCACCAAUGUAUACCUGGAGAAGUGACGAAGGCAAGCCGAUUCGUCUAAGAUCCUGGCAGCAAUCAUCGUAUAAUUCAAACAUUUUGGAAAUUCAACAAGUAAGCAGGGACCAUAUGGGAGUGUACAUGUGCAUCGCAUCCAAUGGAGUGCCUCCGCCUGCCAUCAAGAAAAUCAAACUGGAAGUGGCUUUUCCUCCUCUGAUCAAAAUCCGUAACCAAAUGGUGGGCACAGUAAACGGCAGCAGCGCCGUGUUGGAGUGCUUUGUCGAGGCCCACCCUCCAGCUGUCAACUAUUGGAUGCAUGGUGACAACCGGAUGGUGGAGCACGGAUGGAAGUACCGGAUUGAACAAAAAGACGAAGGAUACCGGACUCACAUGGUGCUGAAUGUAACCUACAUCGAGCCCUUAGACUACGGAUUGUACAAAUGUGUCUCUAAAAACGACAAAGGAAAAACCCUUGGCGUAUUCACGGUCUUCGAAAUUGAUCCGAACACUCCUACUAGAAAACCACCUGUCGAAACAUUUGAAAUUUACGGCCAGCCUCCUCCCCCAUCAAUUGUUGAGCCAUUGGAUUGCGAACCGUGUGUCACAAAGUGCGAUCCGACACCAUUUUGUCCUACGUCAGGUUCUUUGGAUGUAUCUCGGGUUCAAAGCAUUUCAAUUCAAAACUACACAGGUCUUAUUCCACCCCAUCCCAGGAAAGAUAAUUGUAUGAUUCAUCAGUUGGGAAAACCAGUGUUUCAGCGUGUCUCCAAGGAAGAAGUUGGCUCUUGGUUCCGCGAUGCCUUCCCUACUGACACAUCAGAACACAAGUAUUAUGCCACUUUUGCUUACGACCCGACACACCUGUACGAGUAUUCUUCUCGAGAGAACUUCCGCGCCGAUAACAAAUCGGCCCACCACGAACUUCCCUUCCCCUUCACUGGCACUGGACACCUGGUUUAUAAUGGAUCAUUUUACUACCACCAAGCGAACUCCAUUUCUCUGGUAAGAUUCGAGCUACAGGAUGGCCGACAUUGGGGACUCAAGAUCUGGGACUCCUCUGCACCAGAGGGGCCACAUCUUUAUUCGACGGACAUGAGUUACAUGGACGUCAUGGCCGACGAGAAUGGACUAUGGCUAGUUUAUGCCUCUAAGUUCACCAACAACACGAUUGUGCUCAAGGUGCAUCCUUUCACUCUAGUUCCAGAGUAUGCAUGGAACAUCACCUUGCCACAUAGAAGUGUGGGUGAAAUGUUCAUCGCUUGUGGAGUGUUGUACGGUGUUGACUCAGUGACAACUGCUUCUACUCAUAUCAGAUUUGCGUUCGAUCUUUAUCAAGAUAAGGUGCUGGAUGCAAAUAUCGCCUUUUCGAACCCUUUUCAAAAUAACAGUAUGAUAACAUACAACCCAAAGCACAAAAAAAUUUAUACGUGGGACAAAGGAAAUCAAUUGGUGUAUCCAAUUUUAUUUGGAACUAUUGACCUUGGACAGCCAGACCAGAAAGAUUUGUCUGACCGAAGAAAGUGAUCCUUGUAUACAAAAGUUUUGUUAAAUAAAACUUUU